AAUAAAGUUUAAAAUCCGGGAUAUUGAUUGUGAAAGGGUUUCAGUCCACACUUAAAUUUUCUUAAAAUGGAACCACAGGUUGAAGCUAUUACAAAUGUAUCCAAUCUGGUCAGUCCAUCUGCUAAGACAGAACGAAUGCAACUUCUCAAUAAUAUCAUAGCUCCUUUGUAUAUUAGCAACGAUUUAUGCUGUACGCUUGAGAGGAGAAUACGGAUGUCUGUUGAGUGGGGAUUAAGGCUGAAAAAUAACCCGUUCACUUCUAUAAAAUGUUUCCCAACCUACGUCAAAUCCCUCCCAACCGGGAAGGAAGAAUGUGAAUGUCUUGCUAUCGAUCUUGGUGGAACAAACUUAAGGUGCAUUCUUGUCAGUCUUAAACAAGGGAGGGAACCAGUUUUGAAGGAACGUAAAGCAGUUGUUCCUAUCAGCGUUCAACAAGGAACAGGAGAAGACCUUUUCAGGUUUGUUGCUUCUGAAAUGAAAUCCUUCCUUGAUUCUCUCCCUGGAGGAUUACCAAAUGAUUCAUGUCUUCCCCUAGGAUUUACGUUUAGUUUUCCUUGUUCACAAACAGCUUUAGCAGCAGCUCAGCUUCACCAUUGGACCAAGGGUUUCAAGUGUAGCAACGUGGAGGGUAAUGAUGUUGGACGGCUGCUCAGUGAAGCUCUUUCUGCAGCAGGACUUAAUAUAUCUGUAGUUGCUGUUUUAAACGAUACAACAGGAGCGCUUAUGUCGUGUGCUUUCAAGGAUCCUUCGACUAGAAUUGGUCUUAUCCUUGGAACCGGAACCAAUGCAUGCUAUGUAGAGAGACUGGACGAAGUGGAGACAGCUGAUGGAUCGGAGGGGAGCAUGGUUAUCAACACUGAAUGGGGAGCAUUCGGAGAGAAGGGAGAGUUGGAUAUAAUCAGAACAGUCUGGGACGCAGAGUUGGAUAACAUGACUCCGAACCCUGGUCAACAGGUACUGGAGAAGAUGGUGGGAGGAAUGUAUCUCGGAGAGCUGAUUAGAAUUAUUCUAGUUGAUCUGAAAACCAGAGGGAUUCUACUAGUUGGUGCUUAUCCUACCCAGGAGUUUAGUUUACUUCAACCUGGAACCUUUACUACUCAUCAUCUGUGUGAGGUAGAGAGUGAUCCUCUAGGAGAGUUUACCAGAUGCAGGAAGGUUUGGGGUAAGCUUGGUAUCCCGGAUCCUACUGAUGAGGAUUGUUUUGUUUUGAGAACUGUUUGUGAAGCAGUCUCACGUCGUUGUUGUCUGCUUCUAGCUGCUGGGUUGGCUGCUCUUCUCAAGAAAAUGGACGAGAAAGAUGUAACCAUAGCAGUUGACGGAAGCCUCUUUAGAUACCAUCCUCACUUUGGCAGGAAGAUAGAACAUAGAAUCCAGCAACUGAUGGGAGCAGGAUAUAAGUUCAGGAUGCUCAUGUCUGAGGAUGGAUCAGGGAAAGGAGCUGCAAUCAUAGCUGCUGCGCUCAGUAUGGAGCAAGGAGAAGAGCCAGGAACUCGGUCUUUACUUGAUGAUAAAUCUGAUAAGAGACUCAGUAAUAAUGAUGGAUGGGAGUUUAAUAUGGUUUAACCUGACCUUGUCAAGGAUUAUCUAAACAUAUAUGUUUAUAAUUCAGUAUAUUAAACAUGUUCAUGUCAUUAGUUUUAACAAAUAAGUAUAUAUUUAACCUAG